AAGUGAGGAAGAGAGAUAGAGAGCUGCGAUGACAGCUGUUUGACGGAGGGACAGCAGGAGGAGGGAGCACAUGUCAAACAUCAAAUGUAAAUGACAACCGACCAUCUACUAAGAAUGAGUGAAACUCCAAUAGAGCUUGAGCUAUCAGUCCAGCCAUCGUCACAGCCUGAAUCUGAGAGGGGGCUCCAGCCUCCACCUCUGUUUCAGCUGCCACUCCCCACCCAAGUUCCCUCCGAUGCCCAUCAACAAACCCAGCUCCAGCCUGAGCUACAGCUGUCAGAGUCUGACCCCGAGCACCAGCACCAAGCAAAGCCAGUGUGCAUAAAUUAUCGAAGGCUGCUUCUCCUCCUUUUGGGGUUCUCCUUAUGUGCUGCCAUUCUGGGACUUGUUUACUAUAUGCAUCAUAAUCAUCAAAAAAGCAAUAUCCAGACAGACAAAGUGACUCCAUGUGUCUCCCCAGCCUGUCAGUGGGCCUCGGCCCGUCUCUCCAUGUCUGCUGAUCCCUUCACGCAGCCCUGCGAUUACUUCUUGUUCACAUGUGGAUCUGAUGCACUUUCACCAGACAAUGGGGUGAGACAAAGAGGGCAGGGCAUCCCUGGACAUCCACAGAACCUGAAGGAAAAGGUUGUGUGGACAGAGAGGAGAGGACAGAGUAAAGAGAGAGAAGAUAGAGGACUGAGAAAGGAGAAAAUACCGGACAGAAAAACUGUGCUGCUGCAGUAUCUCAGGGAGAUUUUGGGUAGUAAAUCAAACGACAGACUGGGUAGUACAGCAGUGCAAAAGGCCAAAGGGUUUUACCGUUCCUGUUUGGACACCAAAUCCAUAGAAACAGCUGGAGCAGAGCCGUUCCUCACACUCAUCCAGAAACUAGGUGGCUGGGCCGUAUCGGGCCAGUGGAAUCGGACAGACUUUAACUCCACCCUGAGCCUCCUCAUGAGAGACUACGCCACCUUUCCAUUCUUCAACCUCUAUGUGGGCAAAGACCCAAAUGAAAUUGCCCGCGGGACAACCAAAAGAUAUAUACAGAUCGAUCAGCCGGAUCUGUUGAUCCCGAUCGAAUGGAACAGCAGGACACUGAAGUCUCAAGCUAAAACUCAGACGCUACGUCCCUUCUUGGCAGCGUGUCAGAGGUACCUGGCACUGUUGGGGGCUCGACCCAGCAGCAGCAUGAUCCACGUGGGCACGUUCAUCUCUCUGUCCUCUGAGCUCGCUGUGACUGCUGCACCUCUGCACUAUCGCCUGUCGAAAAGACAGCUUUAUCAGCGCAUGACCAUCAGAGAACUACAGAACCGGGCUCCUGCCAUUGAUUGGCUGCGCUGUCUGCAGGCGGCUUUCCAUCCCCUGCCACUCAUCGAAGAUGAUCAUGUCCUUCUGCAUAACUACCCCUACAUUGUGCAAAUGUCCCGCAUCAUCGGCAUAUGGCUGAACAAGCAUGAGCUGAUGACCAGCGGCCCCGUUCACACCUACAUGGUACUCAAUCUGCUGCACACCCUGAUGCCUGCUCUGGACUCCAGGUUUUCUGGAACAGCAAAGAAUUUGUCUAUGGAUCUGGGUGACACUGAAGGGGUAGCUGAUCGCUGGAAACACUGUGUAUUAGAGACUGAGAGAGGAUUCGACAACGUUCUUACCCACCUUCUCAGUGAACGGACAGCCCACAGAGAGGCAGAGGAGAUUAUUCAAAAUAUAUUUUCCUCCUUCAAGUCCAAAUUACAUGAACUCAAGUGGACGGAUCAGAAGGCUCUCCAGUUUGUCAUGAAAAAGGUUCAGUCUUUAACUCCAAGACUUUGGACUACAAAGGAGAUCUCUAGUGAGGCGGAGCUCGACCUGCUUUUUUCCAAGGUGACAGUCAACACAAAUAGCUUCUUCUCCAACUAUGUCCAGCUACUUUCCUUAUGGCAAAAGAGACGCAGUCGACUCUUGACUGAGCAGGCUGAGGCGGCUGAUAUUCUGUCUGUCACACCAUUUCUCCUCGGUGAUGAGCUCCUCUUUCCCAUGGGAAUGUUCACCCCUCCUCUCUUCCAUCCUACCUUUCCUAGGGCAAUGAAUUAUGGUGUGAUGGGUUUCCUGAUGGCCAAAGAUAUCCUCCACCUAAUUUUGCCGGAUGUUUACUCUCAGAGUGAGACGGUGCAUGCUGUGGGGGAAUGUGUGUGGGCUCACUACCUCACUGUGACAGAGAAAACGGGCCGAGGUACUCUCUCAGCAGCGCAGCAGCAGGAGGUGUGGGUGCAGUAUUCUGCACUGCAGAUAGCAUUGCAGGCUUAUCAUCAGAGUUUAAAGAGCAAUCCCAGUGACACCUCCAUCUCAGGACUAUCAGACACUCCACUGUUUCUCACAUCUUUUUCACAGGUUCACUGUGACUCAGACCCAUACAGUGAAUUUAUGCCCUUGGAACCCUCCUUCUUGAUUACAGUGAUCUGUGCACAAUCUGACCUGUGUCCUACAAGCCUGCAGUGCCCCAAUGAAACCCAGCAGCACUCAUUACAAACAUGCUGAGUAGCACUCCUCUGAAGCGCAGCAGGGUUGUUUUUUUUUGUAGUUAUUGAUUAUUAUUAUUAUUAUUAUUAUUAUUAUUAUUAUUAUUAUUAUGUAUUUGUCUGGCAAAACACCUGGUGCUGUAGAAAUUAAGCACACUGAUGUUUACAAACUUACAAAGAUAGUUUAUUGUUAUUACAUGUGUUUAUGGUACAGGUCAAUUAAAACCUUACAUUUUUUUGUAUAAGUAGUAAUAUGUUUGGAUUUCCAUAGAUUGCACAAGCUGUUGCAUAUACUUGUAAA